GUAUUGGCGGAUGUAACCAAAUUUGGAUAAAGGGUGGUCCGUUGUUUCUCACCUUUGGUGUAGCCUAGAGGGUGGAGUUCAGAGGAAAAGGGUUAAUCAACGACGACGAGGAAGAGGAAAAGGAAAAGGGCUUUAUCUCUGUUUAGUACGGUUGUGGUUGGUCCUUUUAGCGCGUUAAAACAGAAGCUCCCGAAACAUCUUCAAAGGAAAGCAACGCGAAAGGAUCACAGGGUCUAUUUCAAAGUAAACACGCAACUUCGAAGACAGUAAAGUUAGGUCUGUAACAAAGAUCUCGUGAGAAACAUGAGGAUUCACUUGACAAGGACAUUUGUUUUCUACAUCUGCUCGUGGUUAUCUGCUCUAUCGUACUCUGCCAGUGUCCCAGAGGACCUGGACACAUCUGGAGAUGACCUGGAAUUCUCUGGUUCAGGCUCUGGUUUAGGACAGGAUGAUGUUGCUAAUAAUCAAGGAGGCACUGUCACUCUCACCAAUGUCACUGAAAUCUCCUGGAGAAAAGAUGCACCGCUCAGAACUACACAGCAGACUCCAAUUGCUGCCAGCACGCCGCCUAGCUCCGUCUCAUUAUUUCCAAUCACUAGAUUUACACCUCGCAUGGAAAGGUCCGAUUCAGAGGCACUGCCCUCUCAAACCACUAGUGUUGACCAUUAUGACAUUAUGGAAGGAAAAAACGCAACUACCCAGUCUGCUGAUGAAGUACCUCAAUCUGGGGGAGGGAUUACAGCUGUGUAUGUCAUUGAAGAAUAUACCACUGCCUUGGUAUCAGGCACUAAGGAAACAAUCACAGUUGUCACCACAACUUUGGAAGAGACCAUCAUAGAUUCUGAUGAUGAGGUGGAAGAUAAAACUAUGCCAACACCAGUGAUUGUAGAAGAAGAUGGGACCACAGUCCCAGAGGAUGUUUUUGAUGCAAUAACCAGCAAGCUCUUUGAUGACAGGACCCCAAUAACCCCCACCACAGACUCUGCUGGGGACACUAGUUCAGAAUGGGGGGGAUCACAUGAUGGUGUCAUGAGCACUUCUCCCACCAAGGACACCGACUCAAACUUUGUGGAGGAUAACAUUAUCCCAGAAGUCAGGAGUGGAGUUGACAUGGCAAAGCCUGAUGAAGACUUUGGCUUUGACAAUGAAAUCAGGAGCCCCAAUACGAAACAUGCUCUGGAGAGAUCAUCUGAUUACCAGAACAUUCUGGAAAGGAAGGAAGUUUUGGCAGGUGUUAUUGCCGGAGGAAUUGUGGGUUUAGCAUUUGCAGUCAUGCUGGUUGCACUCAUGGUCUAUCGGAUGAAGAAGAAAGAUGAAGGAAGCUAUGCACUGGAUGAGCACAAGCCCUCGAAUGGAGGUUACCAGAAAGCCAAGAGGCAGGAAGAGUUCCUGGCAUGAAAUGUGCCUUUUAGGCCAACCUUCACAGUGUCAUCUAUUCCUCCUUUCUGGAUCAAUUCUUUUUCUUCCCUUUUUUGCUAAGUGAGGUGUUUGUCAGAUGAUUAAUCCUUUUCUUGCUUAUCCAGACUUUUAUCCAGAGAUGGCACCUUGAUGCAGAUUGGGACGAUGAAUGAGACGGGGGCUUUUCAGUUGUCUGUCAAUCAUGCUGCAGUUUGUUCACAUUUGAGUCACAACUGAUAUUGACUUACUUUUAUAAAGGAGAAUACAUUGACCACUCUUGGACUGCCUUUAGUGGGAGUGGUAGUUUUUCUCCUAUAUGCAAAAGCAUUACUUGCAUCAUUGCAAUGGAACCGAAGAGAGACUGAUGAUGCUAUGCAAUGAGCAUUGGUCAUCCCAGAAGUAGAAGUCAUGGUUGGCUAGUUGACUUAAAUGGGAGCGUUUGAGUCAGUGGGUGAAGUUAAAAAUGUAAAGAUUAUAGCAAUUUUUAACCAGUGAUCUAUUUUGGUACUCCAGUGUUUUUACGUUUCAUCUUGUUGUAAAACUGUGUGUAUAGGGAUGAGGGUCACAGUGUUUUCCUCCUCAGCGACAUGAAGUUUUGUUUUAUUAAGUUACAUAUUUUUUCAGUUCUUGUCUUCAGGUUUUGGCACCUUGUGGCUGACAUGAUUGAUUCAUGUUUGUUCAUAUUGUAAGACUUUAAAUAAUGUGACCUUUAGCACUUGUGUGAAGGGCUCAGAUGGCUGUCUGCAUGUUUCACAGUAGCAUACUAUAAUGCUAGCCCCAGAAGAAAUGUAUUCUCAUCCCUGUGAGCUGAUGUGAGGUGUCUUGAUUACUCCUACACACUGCACUGAACAGGGACGGAUUCAGAUCUCGGUGAACCACACAGUGUCAGCAGAACUACUCUGUUCUCCUGGUCAUCCACUCUGAUAUUUAACAUGCAGUUGGAGUUCAUCCGAUUCGAGUCCAUCCAAUACACUUCCUCACAGUGCAGUGCUGGGUGGAAAUGGGUUCAACAUUCUCUUGAAAUCUGACGGCUAAUGUAAUGUAAAUCUGCAGGUCAAGUCAGAUUUGACCUGAUUUAUCUAAUCAGUACAUGAGGUUUCAGUGUUGUACAUUUCUUGUUCUUCUAUUUUAGUCUUUUUUUUUAUUUAUGUGGUAAUGAUUUGCAUCCUGUAUUUGGUUGUUUGUGAGUUCACGUGGGUGUGCUUUGUACCGAUUGGUUAAGAAGUGUGGGGGAGUGUAUAAUUUCCAGUCUUUAAAUUCAAACUACGUGGGGUGCAGACAGGCAUUUUAAAAGUUCCUUUUGUCCAACUCUUUCUAUUGAGGUUGUGUUUGGGUCCCAAGGACCUCAUUCAUCCUGGCCUAAUAGAGGCCAGACUGUUACAGAUGGUACUUCUGGAGAAAAAGGAAACGGGGGCUCGUCCAUCCCCAAGCUAGCAUGUUAGCAUCAGUAACACUCAUCCAUCUAUAUAUGUGCCUGUCCAGACACAGCUACCUCUUUGGUUUGCUUCAUAUAGAAAAGAGGCCAUUCAUUUUUUUGUCUUAUUUAUUACCUGCAUUUUUUACAUUCAAAAAAGGAGGACCUGUUUUUUUACCAACUCUGGUUUGUUAAUAUGUUUGCUAUUCAGUCAUCAUCUGUGAUUCUUCCAACAUUUUUCCAAUAAUUGACUUGUAUCCCUCUCCAUAAUGUUUAAAAUAAACGUAUGCUGUUUCUAUCAAUUUGCAAAAACUAA